AUGGACCUAAAGAUGGUCCAGAUUGCAGACGACGAUUACAUGACUCAGAUCAUGUUCGAUCAUCCAGAUAUGCAGAGGUCAAGAUAUUACUUUAGAGUAUUGCAGUUCCUACGAGUCUUGGACGAAUCUGUUGUGGAGAUGAGGCUAUACCUGGAGAGUUGGGGAGACUCCCUGCAGCGAUCGCUGCGGGAUAUCCUGGAUCCACUCGAUGGUUACUGCUCGAGCUCGGAGCUUGACAGCAUAUUCGAGCAAUGGGAAGUGAUGAAGAGCAAGUGGGAGGAGGACAUGGACCAAGUCAGGCAGCGGAUCACCAGAAAGCAAACAGAAGUGCAAUUGUUACGCGAUGUUCUGUUCACCGCGACUUCGGUUCGUGAGGCCCUACAAGCUCGACACACCAAUCAGAAUAUCAUGAUCUUCACGGUGGUCACAAUCAUAUAUCUACCACUCUCGCUCGUCACGGCCGUGUUCGGCAUGCACAAUCUCUCAUCAUCCCUUCAUCUCUCUACCUCAAUGACACCAUACGCCAUCGCUCUAGUCACAGUAUCCAUGAGCACAUACUGUUUCGCCUUUCUCGGUCUGGACUGGUACCGGAAUCACAAGACAGGCACUUCAAGAUGUGCUAUGCUCUAUCGUAGCAAUGAAGACAGAUAUCAACAACUUCGAGGUCGGGUUACUGCUAGGCGACAGAAGCGAGGGGAUGAGGAAGCUGGAGAAGAACCAUCUCCAACUACGACUUGGAAGCGGCCGAUUGAGACAUUGUUUCGAUGGAGGAAGCGGCGGAGUGCGAACAAGCAGGAUGAAACUCCAACGAGACGCGCAAAUAGUGCCGAUACUGUGGUGUAG